AGUACUACUCCAACUACUACUAGUACUACUCCAACUACUACUAGUACUACUCCAACUACUACUAGUACUACUCCAACUACUACUAGUACUACUCCAACUACUACUAGCACCACUCCAACUACUACUAGUACUACUCCAACUACUACUAGCACCACUCCAGCUACUACUAGCACCACUCCUACUACAACCAGCACUACUCCAACUACUACUCAAGCCCCAACUACUAAGCCAGCCACUACUAGUACUUCCAGCACUUUAACUUACUCAUCAAUACCUUCAGCAGUUGCUACUUUGACUCCUCCAAAGUACAUUGUCUAUUCCCCAUAUCUCAAUGAUGGAGGUUGUAAGGAUGUUCCAACUAUGACUAAUGAUUUAGAAUUAAUUAAGAGCAGAGGUAUUAACUAUAUCAGAAUCUACGGUAGUGACUGUAAUUCGGUUCCAAAUGUCUUACCAAUUGCUGCUUCAUUAGGCCUCAAGGUUAAUCAAGGGUUCUGGUUCUCUCAAUACCAAGUUGACUCCAUUGACAGUGGAGUUAGUGACCUUAUUUCCUAUGGUCAACAAUACGGUUGGGAUGUUAUUGAUUUUGUUACUGUUGGUAAUGAAGCCAUUAAUGAUGGCUUCUUAACUGUUCUGCAAUUAACCAGUAAAAUCGCUUCAGUGAAAUCUUUAUUACAAGCAGCUGGUUACACAGGUCAAAUUACUACUGCUGAACCACCAAAUUCAUUUAUUGAUAACCCAAGUUUAUGUACACAAUCUGCUAUUGAUUUUGUUAGUGUCAAUGCUCAUUCCUAUUUUGAUCAAUAUGCUGCUCCUUCUGAUGCGGGUACGUUUGUUGCUGGUCAAGUCCAAUUGGUUCAAAAUGUUUGUGGCUCUAAGAACGUUUUUGUUGCUGAAACUGGUUAUCCAUCUCAAGGUGCUACUAAUGGUCUUAAUGUUCCAACACCUGAAAAUCAAGCUAUAGCCAUUCAAGCUAUCUUAAGUGUAUAUGGUACUGAUAUUACUAUCUUGACUACAUUCGAUGAUUUCUGGAAAGCUCCUGGUCCUUAUGGAAUUGAACAAUACUUUGGAGCUAUCCAAUUGUUUAGCUGAGCAUUUUCAGUAUGUACUUUUAAUUAUUAAUAGAUUAUUUCGGUUCGUCAUCUUUAAAAUUCUUCAUAUACAUAGUCAAUAAAAACAUUAGAAAUUUGAAAUUUUCUGUAUUCAGAUAUUGUAGGCAUACAUUUGGUUAUAUACAUAUAUAUACAUAUAAUACAAUUUAAAUAAUGGAAAUGGAAAUGAAAAUGGA